UCUGCAGGUCACGUGAGCCCCAGAGCCACAGAUAACCCCAGAGCUUUUCUACUGAUCAGCAACCUGGAUUCCAGAUUAUUGCACUUCAUCUCCGGUCUGACUGCGUUUACACUUAUCUGUGUGUAUUAAUUAACCCUGGCAAUGGCUUUAAAGUCCAGAUGUUAUCGGAGGGCUGUUCAUUGAGAAGGAGAGGCGCAGAGCGGAAGGGACAGAAAGGAAGCAGAGAGAGAGUGCGGGAUUGCUCAGGAUCGCUGUGCUCUGACAGUCCUGCUCCAGGUCCUCAGAAUGGGGGGCGCCCAUGACUGUGGAGGGCUCCUGCUCUCCCUGCUGCUGCUGUGCGCCACACACAGGGUGAUUGGCUUGAUGCUCCAGGAUGGCAGGACCACAUGCCAGACGCCCAUGGAGGGGCGCUGUGACUUCAGGUGUGACUCAGCAGACUGCUGUGACGAGCUGGACUGUGGCUAUGGGAAAGAGUUCGAGUGUGAUUUUGAGGUCUCGAGCUGUGGCUGGAAGGACAAUGGUGUCUCAGAUGUUGCCCUGCUGGUGUCUCCCAACAUGCAGCAGGCUGCUGCCACCUGCGAGGUCCGGCUCCGCUACUUCGUGUGGGACUCGGGUACGAGCUGA